CUUAUUAUUACUAUGUGCACACAACUUAUUCAAAAUUUCCAUUACACCGAUUUGUUACCCAUAAAACUUGUGUUCCAAUUAGCCAUAUCGGACAAAAUAUUUUAUUUUACAUUGUUCCGAUUCGUCAUCAAUGGCGCUUUGCUCAAUUCUAUCUACAACAAGGACUUCUAGAAUCAACAGCGAAGCGGCUAUACUCAUCUCUAGCGUGUUCCACAACGUUCAUGUUGGAGCAAAGCGUAGCACUUUCUCGAAAUUGACGCACGUCCACAAUACCAGGGGGCGUUGGCGUCGCCCGGGUAUAAAUACGGCGUUAGUCUGGAUGCCGGCAGUAUAUUACCAAGAAAGUGCACUAUCCAAAAACAAGAAAGUAAUAAACAAACAAAUUAAAAUGUCGCUGCUCCCUUACUUCUACGACAUCGAAAGGCCCAUCCGCCUCAUGGAAAGGGAUUUCUUCAGACCCGAGAACUUCUUCGGCUAUUCUCCAUACAACCAGCUGAUGCCUCGCGACUUCUUCGGCCCAUCAUUCCUCAAACCUUGGGAGAACGUCUUCAGGCCAUGGGAAAACUUCAUGAAACCUAUCGAACAACUAUCAUCGGCUAUGAACCAGUUGGCUUUGAACGAAGUUGGCAAAAUCACAUCAGAUGAUGAAAAGUUCCAAGUGAAUGUCGAUGUUCAGCAUUUUUCACCUGCAGAAAUAAACGUAAAAGUGGUUGACGGUCAUGUGAUUGUUGAAGGAAAGCAUGAAGAGAAGAGAGAUGAACAUGGGUAUGUCUCAAGACAGUUCGUGAGGCGAUAUGCACUUCCUCAGGGAUGUUUACCUGACACCGUGGAGUCCAGACUGUCUUCGGAUGGUGUUUUGACGGUCACAGCACCCAAAGUACUGGCCCUACCUUCUACAGGCGAGAAGAUAGUGCCAAUCACUCAUACAGGACCUAUCAAGAAACAAAUUGGAUCGCCAGAACCAAUCACAGAAGAAGCUGAGUGAAUGUUAUGUAAAUUAUGUAAAUAUUAUUUUUCUUGUAAGACUGAUUUCAAUCUGUGCUAUAUUCGCCUAUUUUUAUUUUUUAAUUUUAAAUAAACUUAUCAAGUAUUGAAAA